AUGACGGUACAGGAGUAUCUCGAUCGCCACAAGCUGUCGCUGCGCAUAGAGGAGGCGGUCAAUGCGGCCGUGCGCGCGAAAACGGACGAACCAAUCGCAUUUAUCGCGCGGCAUUUGCAGCGCGCAGCCCCAUCAGUCAUUCUUACUGUCAAGGGGCGCAUGGUACUGGACGCACGGGGGGAGCCCACGGUGGAGGCGGAGGUGGGCUCGCACAGGGGCAAGUUCCGCGCCUCUGUUCCUACCGGCGUUACAUCUGGCAUUUACGAGGCAGUGGAAGUGAGGGACGGGGACGAGGGGGAAUUCUUCGGAAGGGGCGUUCAGAGGGCGGUGGGGAAUGUGAGCGAGGCUAUUGCGGCAGCGGUGGUGGGGAGGGACCCUCGCGAGCAAGGGGAGAUUGACCGGCUGAUGGCUGCUGAACUGGAUCAGACAGACAACAAGGGCGAGUUGGGAGCCAAUGCCAUUCUCGCCGUGUCGCUGGCAGUUUGCCGGGCAGGCGCGGCAGAGCGAGAGCUGCCACUGCAUGAGUACAUCGCCUCCCUGGCAGCGGUUCCCCACCCCUCUCUCCCCGUGCCCGAGCUCGCCCUCCUCUCAGGCGCCCUCACACCCUCCUCUGCCGCCUCGCCUCCCUUCCAUUCGCUCUCUAUCCUGCCUCUGGGCGCAUCAACAUUCGCAGAGGCUGUGCGGAUUGGAGCAGAGGUGCAGCACUGCUUGCAGGCCCUUGCUGCGGAGCGGUUCGGGUCUCCAACAGCAGCGCUGGUGACUGAUGACGGCAGCUUGGGGCUGCCCCUCACAAGCAUACGCGACGGUCUGCAGCUGCUGACGUCAGCAGUGGCAAAAGCAGGGCACACAGAGAAAGUGAAGAUCAGUAUUCAUGCUGCAUUGGGGGGGCGUGUGACAGACGAGGGUCACUACGACCUGGGCAUGCAACAGCAGGAUCUGGACGGCAGCGUUGACAUCAGCAUAACAUCAGCCAGCAGCAGCAGUUUGGAGCAAGUGACAGUCCAGCAGCUCAUAGACGUGUACCAGCAGCUGUGCUCAGAGUUCCCCAUUGUGAGCAUAGAGGACCCGUUUGACCAGGAAGACUUUGACGCCACUCAAGCCCUCUCAGAGGCAGGCUUCACCCAGGUGGUGGGCAACGACCUGCUGGUCUCAAAUGCCAAGCGACUGGCGCAAGCGAUCGAGAGACGCACGUGCAGUGGCAUCGCCAUCAAGCUCCCCCUAAUCGGCACUCUCUCAGAGGCCCUAGAGGUGGCCAAGGCAGCAAGGGCAGCGGGGUGGGCAGUGGUGGUGGCAGGUGGGGUGGGGCGGCAGGGGGACACGGAGGACUGCAUGCUUGCUGACGUGGCAGUGGGCAUGGGAGCCCAGCGAAUCAAGGCCGGGGGCGUGUGUCGGGGCGAACGAUGCGCCAAAUAUAACCAGCUUUUACGGAUUGAGGAAGAGCUUGGAAGCAAGGCGACUUAUGGAACAGGAACAACAAAUGUGAUGCCACCGAGCAAAUGA